AUGGGUAAAGAUAAGAAGAAAGAGAGUAAAAAGGGAGACAAGUCGGUGACUACUCCAGCCCAUGACACAUCCAUGGAGUUAGCUGUUUCCAACCAGAAUGUCCCACCUCUGGCAGACCAGGGGGACGAACACUUGGCUACUCAGGUAGCUUCCAAAGAAGAAAACUCAGAGCCUCCCCCUGUCCCUGAACCCAUUGAGUAUGAAGAACCCAUCCUCACACAACUGAUUGUUGAAAGCUACGAGGGAGAAAAGGUCCGAGGGUUGUAUGAAGGGGAAGGAACUGCCUAUUUUCAAGGAGGCAACGUGUACAAGGGCAUGUUUUCAGAAGGACUCAUGCACGGACAAGGGACUUACACGUGGGCCGAUGGAGUGCAGUACGAGGGAAACUUCGUCAAGAAUGUGCAAAUGGAUCACGGCGCUUACAAGUGGCUGGACGGCAGCAUGUACGAAGGUGAAGUGAAGAAUGGGAUCAGAAACGGUUUCGGCAUGUACAAAUGUGGCACCUAUCCUGUUUCGUAUAUUGGCCAGUGGGUGGAAGGCAAGAGACACGGCAAGGGCACCAUUUACUACAACGAGUCCGGUUCUUCUUGGUACGAAGGAGACUUUGUGAACAACAUAAAAAGUGGAUGGGGAGUAAGACGUUACAAAUCUGGAAAUAUCUAUGAAGGGCAAUGGGAGAGAGACCUACGCCAUGGAGAAGGACGAAUGAGGUGGCUAACAUCAAACCAGGAAUACACUGGAAUGUGGGUUAAUGGUAUACAGCACGGGCAAGGUACCCACACCUGGUAUCUGAAGAGGAUUGCUGGGUCACAGUAUCCCCUAAGGAAUGAGUACGUUGGAGAGUUCGUCAACGGUGAUCGGCAUGGACACGGGAAAUUCUUCUUUGCCAGCGGCGCAAUGUACAAUGGAGAAUGGGUGCUCAACAAAAAGCAUGGCGCGGGCAAGCUGGUUUUCAAGAACGGCCGUGUGUACGAAGGCGAAUUUAACUACGAUCACAUAACAGAACGCCCAUCCUUGCAAAUAGACAUGACCAAUAUGGAAGCGCUGAGCAACCUCUCUUUGAAGGGAUUUUCUGGCAUAGAUAGUGUCAAAGUUGUCGAUCAUUCCAGGAUCUCCUCUUUGUCAGGACCAAACAUCGAAAUAGAUCUUUCGACCUUGUUGGCUUUAUUUCCGGAAAAAGAUAAGGAAGAUGAAAUGAAACAGACAGAAUACGCUGUGCUGAGAUACAUUUCUGAGCUGAGGAGGAUCUACACCUUCUACAGCAGCCUGGGCUAUGACCACUCGCUGGACAACACCUUCCUGAUGACCAAGCUUCAGUUCUGGAGGUUCUUGAAGGACUGCAGGUUUCACUACUGCAACCAGACCCUCGCUUCCAUGGACCGCAUUCUCAACGAUAAAACGUUACUGGAAGAGAUUCAUUCUCCAUAUGAGACUUUGCUACUUAGGAUGUUUUUGACGUACCUGAUUUACCUGUCCUUCCACAUUUAUCACAAGGAUUUUGAUGACACAAGUCCUCGCCUAUUCAAGUGCUUCUCCAAGUUGAUGGUCAAGAAUAUUUGUCCCCAUGCCUGCCGUAUCAAAGGCAUUUUGUUCAGCGACCGACAGCAAGCCGUCUACGCGCUCAGUUACAUCGAUAAGUGCUGGGAGAUUUUCCAGGCGUUCUGUAGACCAAGCACUCUCCCUCCUUACGAACCUACAAUGAAGAUGAGACACUUCAUGUGGAUGCUGGAAGAUUUAAGACUCAUAAGCAAACAACUAACAGCUACCAAGGUUGUGGAUAUCUUGGCCAAAGACAAUCCUUUCGUCUCGGAGGCAGAGACCCUGGAUUUGGAGCAUGAGCUUGUCUUCCUCGAGUUCUUUGAAGCUCUGGUAGACUGCGCUCUUCUUUAUGUCACCGAUGAGAUGUUGAAGCAGCAGGCUGAUGAGGUGGCCCAAACAGUCACGGCCUCUUACCGACCAGACGAGCUGCCAGACAAGAGUGAAGCUGCCUCUUUGCCUCCCGAAUUGCCUUCUCCUCAGUCCACUCGUACUAGAAGCACCAGCAGUAACAGCACUGAAGCCACCGACGGCAGCACCAUCCAAAUUGGCUCCAAAUAUUCCUCAAGCAAGAUCGUCCAUUUCGUGGAAGUGGGCAAGAGCAAGAAAUCGGAAGGCCACAAAAAGGGAAGUCAUCACCCCGUUUCCUCGGCCAGGGGCUGGAUGGGCGGUAGCAGAGGCAAAGGAAGAGAAAAAGGGAAAAGCAAGGAGGGGAAGAAAGAGGAGAAAUCCCACAAAGGAAAGUCCCAUGGCAAAGAAAAACUUGCUUCCGCUCAAAGCGUCACUGUGAAUGUCGUGUUUUCUCCCAUCCCGGAAGAGAAAGAAGCAGUCACUGGACCUCCACCAGUCUUAGAAAAGGAGAAGGAUAAAAGUAGUCCAAUGAAGGAAUUAGCAGGUGGUGCAUCACUAAAAGGAUGCACAGAUCAGAUCAGGACGCCCUUCCUGCUACCGUUUAUUUUAUUGAUUCUUUUUCCAGAAAAGCUCGAAAAAGAGAAAAACAAGGAAAAAGACAAGCUGAAUCUCUGGAUGAGCCAGAUGUACAUUUUCUUUGUCAAAAAGUUUUUUGCCAGCUACAAGAAUUUGCAGCUGGUGAACGAAACCAUCAUCGAUAACAGAGCUCGGGAAGCUGAACUCUUAAUCCUGAGGAAAAAACAAGAGGAGGAAGAAGAGGCCAAGCUCAAGGCACUGAAAGAGGCCGAGGAGGCCCGAAAAUUAGAAGAAGCGGCCGCUGAGAAAGCAGCCUUGGAACUGGAAGAAAAUCUGACUCGGGAAAUGGAGGAAAAUCUAAGCCAGGCCCAAUCCCCUCCGAAGGAGGACUCCCCCACAUUGGUUCAGAGCACGGCCGGCAGCAAGGCAGUCGUCGCAGGGAAGAAGAAGAAGAAGUGAGACGGGGCCACCCACGGCCACCGUUACAGCCAGUUCUCGGCCUACAACCGCCACGGAGCCUGGCAUUUGUCGCCAAGCGAGACAGCCGUCGAGCUGAGCUUUGCCCCCUUUUUGUGACCUUUCUCGCCACGUGUUCUGAAGCAAAUCACUGCGCCCGUUAAGUUAGUAACGCGGUUGUAAACAAACCAGGCUUGUCCAAAGGUCACAAAAAAAAAGAGCGACGACGACUCCGGGACGCUGCAACUGUCGUUAAGUACAUGCCAGUUGCCAAGCCGAUGGAUUCUGAUCACGAGACCGUUGAGGAUGUUACGAAGAGGUCAUGAAAAAGUCACCAGUCCCUUUGCCGUAUGUCCGUUUAGUGACCGUUUGGAGUUACAAACAGUCACUGAACUGUUUUUCACACUAACAGCCGUUGCAAGCAUCCCCAGAGUCACAUUAUCUAAAUCCAGACUCUUGGCCACCAGUUCAUAUUUAUGACACUUGCCAUAACCCAGAGUCACCUGAUCUCCUUUUUGCAACCUCUCGACAAGCAAAAUCCAUAGGGAAGCCAGAUUCCCUUCACAACCGUGUGGCUAACUUAACAACUGCAGUGGUUCACUUAACAACGGUGGCAAGAAAGGUCAUAAAAUGGGGCAGACCUCCCUUCAGAAAUGUCUCAUUCAAUGACAAGAAAUGGUGGGCUCCAUCGUGGUCACGAGCCAAGGACGAUUGACAGGCCAUCAAAACAUUCCCAAGGCAAAUAGCUGCCAAUAAAACGAGCUUAUUUUAUCAACAAAGAGCAAGAAAGAGGAUUAAAGUGGUAACAAUUCAGUUUUAUUUUUCCAGUAAAGUCAAGUUUCCGCCGUGACUGAGACAAGGAACGACACGGGUUUCCUUCUGACCAAAUUUAAUCCAGUUGAACAUAAAUAUACUUUAAAAUCU